CGUAAAAUGGCACGGACUGUCGUGAAUUCACAGCACACGUGUGGCAGCUUCAGCUAAAGAUUGGAAGAGCUUCGGGUUUUUAACUGCGGAGCGACUUUAAUGCUAAUUUAACCGAAUAUGGGUAAAACGGACAGUUGACCAGAACAGUGGCUAUCUACCGAGCAUUAGGGUCUGGCAGAAAACAGAGAAGGUGGGUGAACAUGAGCGGACAGCUAGCCUAGCUGCGCGGCGUAGCCCAGUUCGUUUAACCGACCCUGGUGAGUGAACGCGCGGCUCUGACCGGUGAGACCGCCGUCGGGUAAAAUGUCCUCUCUGACCGGUGAAAGACGGGCUACUAGAAGUAACUGAAGUAAAUGUGGCUGCCAAAACAACUCAGUUAAACAACUUUCGGGUCCGGAAGCUCCUGGGGUAAAUUACCGUUGCAGGGACCCUGUAGACCCUAAGCUAGCUAACGUUACAUGCACGAGGGUGAGUUUGGCUUUUUUCCCCCCCGAGUUUCUCGUUCCACCUUAAAAGACGCGGCCGUCACCUCCUCCCGCUAGAAAACAGCUGCAGCACCAUUUAAGGCGGAACGAGACCUUCGAACAAGACGCUGGUGAAAAGGAAGCCACCUUUAGCCUCGUCUGUUAGCUGUAUGUCCGCAGACACUGGCGUCUGCUGUGCUCUCGCUGUGGACUCGCGUUUGUCCGCUUUCUCUCGUAGGAUGUUCCUGGUGGUGGAGAUGGUCGACACGGUGCGGAUUCCUCCGUGGAAUUUCCAUCGGCAGCUUAACGAGGCCGUCGCUGAAGAGCUCAACAAGAAACUGGCCAACAAGGUUGUGUAUAAUGUUGGCUUGUGCAUCUGCUUGUAUGACAUCACUAAACUAGAGGAUUCAUACAUAUUUCCUGGGGAUGGAGCCUCUCACACUAAAGUGCAUUUUAGAUAUGUGGUGUUUCACCCAUUCCUGGACGAGAUUCUGGUGGGGAAGAUUAAAUACUGCAGUCAAGAAGGAGUAUAUGUCACCCUUGGAUUCUUUGAUGACAUCUUAAUCCCACCAGAGUCCCUACAGCAGCCUGCUAAGUUCGAUGAGGCAGAGCAAGUGUGGGUGUGGGAGUACGAGACUGAUGAGGGCACUCAUGACCUCUACAUGGACCAGGGUGAGGAGAUCCGGUUCCGGGUCGUGGACGAGCUCUUCCUGGACACAUCUCCCACCGGGCCCACCACUGACCCAGAGCCUCCAGCUAACUCCAGCACAGCACCUACUGCAGCUACAGACGAUAGUGCACAGAAAAAAGAGGCUCCUUACACACUGAUGGCCUCCAUCAGUGAGCCAGGAUUAGGGCUGCUGUCUUGGUGGAGCAGCUAGCUGUAGGAGGAUUUCUGCUUUUACACACUUCUGCUCCAUACUACUCUGCAGAAUGAACCUGGAGGAGUAACCAUCUUUGUGUCUUUGUGUGCAGCUGGUCCUGUCAUGAUUAAUGCAAGAGACACUGCACAGAUGUUCUGGCUCAGCAUCAUCUUGAAUGUUUAAAGGUGUUGUCUGGAUUUACAAGAAGGUGCAUUGUUCAGAAAUCACAGCUGACUUUCUUUCCAGUGGAAAGGGGAAAAAGACUUUACCAUUUGGGUCUCGUGCUGCAGGCCGUGGCCAUCUGAACUGACUCCGCCUCCUUAUUUUUCUGCUAUGGAUAAUGGCUGCACGAUACAGACGAAGUGCUAGCAUUUUAAUUAUAUUUCUACAUAAUGUGACAGUUUACUCUUGUUGGGUUACAUUAAUACCUUGAUUAAUCAAAAACAUCCACAUAAGCAUGUGGAACUCAUUGGUUAAAAUACUCUUUGAACACACACACAUGAAUAAUGAAACUAAAACAGUAAACGGUGAAAGGCUCAGUUAGGUAUUACAGUCCUCUGUGAUGGCACAAAUGCAAAGGCCAAUAUCACAACAGCAGUUAAAUGGAAAUUUCACCCAUUUUACAACAUUUCUGCAUAAUUGUUAAGUUAACCAGGUCAUUUCGCAUGGUUAGGGGUGAAAUGGUGCAUUGUAGACAAAUUUACUGAGUGUACUUCAUUUAUAGUGAUGGUGAUAGGAACUAGGGGUUGCAAUGUCUAUAAUGCAAAUGUAACAAGACCAGUCAACCUAGUCAUGUCUUCUGCAUUUUAUAUAUAAAGUUGAUAAUAGUAAAAUCGUGGUAAAAAUUUUCUUUGGGGACUUUUGCCAUACACCACCCUGCAUGUACCUCUUCAUCAUGAAUAAAUAAAAACAUAUUUCAGGCAAAAGCCUUUUCAAAACUUUUGUGUAAUAGCUUUAUGGGAGGUGUCUAGGUGCUUCAGAUGUCUGGUUCCUAUUGCCACCACAGUGAACAAUGCUGACUCAGUAAUAACCUAAUAUGUCACGGUUCACAUCAGACUUUGUUUACAUCGGACAUUUUGAAACAUUAUUGGAGUUUACCGAACAGUCUGUCUUGCAGCCCUCCUCUACAACGUUCAUCUGCACCACCAUGACAUCAAAAGAUCUCUAUGUUAAAAGCUACACUAUAAAUGUAGCAUGACGUUUUGGUUGAGGUAACAUACCUGUGUAUAUGUACCUGGAAUGACUGACCAGUGGACCAGUCAGCACAUGAGAUGUAAUAAAAUCUGUGUGUGCUACUUUUCGUUGGCAGCAGAUGACCAUUCUCACAAAGUAAUGUGGUCCAGUUUGGCUUCAUUAAUCCAUCACCCAUCAUGUGUGAAUUUGAGUCUUUUUUCAGCCUUUACAAAUGAGAAGACAGAUAGCCCUGCUGUGAAGGGAUGUGUUUAUUUUGAUGUUGGCUUAAAAAAAAAUCUGCUCAGUUUCUGAUGAAGACAAAGUGCCAGUGUUGGUGAUUUGUUUUUGACCGACCAACAUACUAUAUACUAAAUUGCCCAAAUUUAUGCAGAUGGUGAACACUAUAAAUAUCCAUUCAAGCCAGUUUAUCUGUGAAAGAUGAUUCAGGUUGGGCAGGUGCGUUCUUGCAUUCUGAUAUACUUUUUGCCCCCUCCAUCCAAGACUGUUUUUGCUGAGAUGUAAAUACUGUAUUGGGUGGUAGGAGAGAAUGGGGCUGGUUGUCACACUUUACAUUUAAGACAAAAAAAGUUUUAUAAAAAAUAAAUAAUUGAAGUGAAAGUGCUAAAAUGACAAUGUGCACACGUGACAACCUGCCCCAUGUAUGUGUGACACACUCACAUGCUGGAAGAGUUUGUUUGUUUGUUUGUUUUGGCAAACAUAAGCUCUGAGAACAAUGCCUUUAUUUUUGCCAGUGAACAGAUGUUAUCUGUAUGUUCAUACAAUUCUGUUUGUUGUACUGGGCAGUGCACAUAAAUUGAAUGUGUUCAAAAGAACAGAAGAUAACUUCUUAGAAUCUCAACUUUAUGAAUUAAUUUCAUUUAUAUAUAAUAAUAUAUAUUGUGGUCUCCUUGUGUACAAACAAACUCCUUUCAAAGAAACUAGUGCAGUGAAGUAGCCUAAUGAAGUGAAAUGAUUCAGCUGUUUGGUCGUCACAGCAGGUGCUGAGGAACACUAGUUGAAAAUGUCAACUAGUCACAGUCACAUGAUUCAUAGUUGCGGCAGAGAUAAACAGGAUAGCCUGGUGUGCAGGCUUCGUCACUCCAUUUUAAUAUCUGCAGAAUCUAACCCACACAUAACAAAAGGCUCUGAAAACAUGCCUCAACGUAAGAUUUUGCAAAUCUCAUGCAAGUCACAACACGGUUGCUGACACCUACAGAUACAUCCGUAGAAUGAGAAUGUGAAAGUUUAUCUGCAUAAAAACAGAGAAGGUGCAAAAACACUUUUCAAAGGUGAAACAGGAAUACAUUUGUUGUCACCUCAGUGUUUUCACAGCCUGCUGUGAUCAGCACUACUGGGCUCAAAAAAGGAGGCCACAUGUUUUAAUGUAACAUUUGUACAAUAUAAUGUGUGUAUUAAACACUGAGCAGUUUUUGUAGAAAAUG